CAGAUCCUGCACUCUUUCUGAACCUUCAUCCCCUGCUUCUGACUUUCCAUCCCUUUUUCAUCUCUUUAAUUUCCUCUUGUCUGCCUCCAACUCAACGUCUCUCUCUCUCUUUGUCUCUCUCUCUCUCUUUCUCUGCCUUUCUCUUUCCACAUGUGAGGAAAACACUUUUCCCACGAGCCCUCAAAUACAUUCCCGCACGCACAAACUCAUUUCCUAGAGUCACUCGGUUAAAGCAGAGCUUGCUGCUUCGUUAAGCCAUCGCUGGAUCGUGUCCUCGUGUACCGCCGCUACGCACGGCUCCCGAGCCCAGAUCCAACCGGAGACCACGGAGACCACACCCUGCUUCAGCUCUCGAGCCGUCCCACACGCGCUCGCGACAGCCGGGGGUCAGAGAGCGCGAGCCCACUGGACCUUUUUUUCCUUUCCUUUCCGGGGGUCCGUUUUUUGAGGAGGGGGCUUCGAGUGAAGGUUCCUGCUGCGUGUAAAGCUUUUGGAGGCAGUUUUCUGUCUUUCUUUCCAUUUCCUCCUUUUUCUGGAAACCGUACGUCCCGAACUCGAUUUUGAUCCAGUCUUCACCCUCAUCCAGUAGCACAGCCUGCGUGGCCUAAAGCACAAGCAUUCAGAAGUAGCCCGACCCGAAGCAUCAACUUACAUCUUACAGUUUCCAGCCAGUGAAGAACCAACCAGGUCCUGCAACAACCUAUAGGAAACCAAAGAAACCAAAGCAACCAGCUGGAAAUCGAAGAGACGGACACUGUGCACUAGACUAACAGGGGAGCCAUGUUGAUCAUCUUAGCCUUCAUCAUCCUCUUCCACCUGGCUUCAGUCAUCUUGCUGUUUGUUGCUACAAUUCACAAUGCAUGGUGGGUGGUGUCACCUCCCGGUCGUGAAGUAAUCUAUGCCGACUUGUGGUACUCCUGUAACAGCACCUGCUACCCGGUGGAGAACAGUCACUCUACUGAAGCUGCUUAUCUACAGGCAGUUCAGGCUACGAUCAUCCUGUCAACCAUUUUGUGCUGCGUCAGCUUCUUUGUCUUCAUGCUUCAGCUGUUCAGCAUCAAACAGGGAGAGAGAUUCAUUUUCACAGCUAUCAUCCAGCUGCUUGCCUCUCUAUGUGUGAUGAUCUCUGCAUCCAUCUACACAGCGGAGAAUCAGAACUUCCAUGCAGUCAGUCUCAAACAGGGCUCCUACGGUUCCUCGUACAUCGUGGCAUGGGUUAGCUUUCCCAUGACUCUCAUCAGUGGCCUUAUGUACCUGGUGCUCAGGAAACGUAAAUAGAUGUGACAUGCAAGCAACAACUUAGAUAGGAUUUUUGGAUGUUCAUGCAUGACAACAAAGGGGCAUUUUCACAUUUUCUCUCAAUCAGGUUUUUAGUAAUUACAUCUGGAAUUUAAAUCCCUGUCAGCAGCUUUUGCGAACACGUCUUCUUUAUUUGUUCUUUUGCCGACCAAUUCCAACAGUUUUCACAAAAGGAAAAGUGUAAAAAUGUCUUUGACUGUGACAAAAAGGUUCACCAAAGGGCCCAUAUUUUCAGUAAGCUGCAACAUUUUUGUGUACAUAUUUGAAGUGUAUGUUUAAUUCAGUUUAGGUUUUAGCAGUAGAAAUAAAUAAGAUAUAUUACUCAAAACAUAAAAGACGUGUAGUGAAGUCAUAGCAAAAUUGUCACAUUUAGGAUUUUAGAUGCUUGGUUUGUAUAUUUUUAUGCUAAUUUGUGAUUUCUUAAAGAAAGAGGAACCAGUGAUAUAAUGUGUUAUUUGGGAUUAAAAUUGAACGAAACAGAUAAACUUGAAAUAUGAAUGAAGAUUUUCUUUGUUACUGACUUUUGUCAUGGCUUUUCUGAAAAGCUAUUUGUUGUUAUAAACCACUGUUUAUCUUGUAUUUUUAAAUACUGGAGAUGUUUGAAGUAAGAAACGUUUGUCGGUUCUGCCCUUCUGGUCAAGCUGUUUCCCUUUCAGAACAAUAUAUUUUAUUUAUGCUUAUUAACCGACACGUAUCAAUCUCGGGCUUGAUGUUUAUGUAUGAACAUUUAAAGCAAGCAAUUUGAAAUUUCUUGAAAAUGUUAAAAUUUAUCCAUCAGUGAUUAAUUGUGGUAAUUUGUAAUAGAAAAACUGGAUGGAGUUUAGACCAUAUAAUCUAGGGAAGACUAAAAUAAAGAGGAAUAGGAGAAUGGACAUGCAAAUGAUUAUGCUCUGCUGUCUCUAGCUGAUACUUGAAAAUGGAUGGAACAAUAUGUUGUAGGGCAAGAAUGUGAAUUCAUUUUGUUUCAUUUCUACAGAUUUGUUCAAAUUACAGCAAAUCUCAACACUGAACAAAAUUCAGUUUUUUAAAUCUAAAAAUCAUAAAUACUGAUUAGAUGUCUUACUGGUACCAAAUUUGACCUGCUUUUGUCAAGAAUUGUCUCUCAUUAGAACCAUAAGAAAAACACAAUUUCUUUCACCAGAAAAAGCUUUUUGAAGUAUUAACUUACGUUGCUUGAGCAUUUCAUAUUGUCAUAUUUAACUUUUUAAGAGCUUAUACUAAACACAAUUGUCGGUGUAUAAAGUUUUCUUUUUCUGUUUUCUGUACAUGUAUAGUGCUGCAAAGCACUGUUUGCUGUUUUUAUUCUGGUUUGUUUGUCAUGUGGUUAUUUUUGACCUCAGUUGCAAAAUCUCUAUCACCUAUUGGACAUCAUGUUGUGCUUUUAUGUAUCUCUACUGACACCCAGUGGACAGUUUGGGACCUGCAGCUUUGGUUUUUUAAAAUAUACAGAUAUCUGCCCGGUCAUCUUUUGAAUAUAAAUUUUUAAUAAAUGUUAAUAUUAAUUAAUA